UUUUAUCGAAAACUGAAAAGUGAAAGUCAAAGAAGGAGAAGUAUAGAUAUAAAUUUUACUAUAAAACCCUUCUCCUUAUUUUCCUUCUAACUUCAGUAAAAAUUAGAAUGAAAAGAAUGUAAUAAUGCAGUAGUAAAUAUAACAACAUUUACUUACUUAAGAUCUUGUUGCAAUCUUAGAAAAUUCGUACCAUGUCUUCUCCAAUAGCCGCGAACUUUAACUUGCUCAGUUCUCGCGACGAUAUUUCAAUAAAAAAUGUAUGGAAUUACAAUUUGUAUGAGGAAUUUCAUGUUAUUCGACAGAUUGUUCAGAAAUAUCACUGGGUGGCAAUGGAUACUGAAUUCCCUGGUGUUGUGGCAAGACCAAUAGGUGAAUUUAGAUCCACUGCAGACUAUCAGUAUCAAUUGUUGAGAUGUAAUGUAGAUCUUUUGAGGAUUAUUCAAUUAGGGCUAACAUUUAUGGAUGAAAAUGGUAAAACCGCUCCUGGAUGUUCUACUUGGCAAUUUAAUUUUAAAUUCAAUCUGCAAUCUAUUGUUACCAGGGAAGAUAUGUAUGCCCAAGACUCAAUUGAUCUUUUACAAAAUUCUGGGCUUAAAUUUAGAGAACAUGAAGACCAUGGUAUAGAACCAUUAGAGUUUGCUGAACUACUGAUGUCUUCAGGCAUUGUUCUUAUGGAUAACAUUAAAUGGUUGAGCUUUCAUUCCGGUUAUGACUUUGGUUAUUUAUUGAAACUUCUGACUGAUCGUAAUCUACCUCAAGAAGAGAAUGACUUUUUCGAAAGCUUACGAUUGUAUUUUCCAACAGUUUAUGACGUCAAAUAUCUAAUGAAACUGUGCAAGAACUUAAAAGGCGGUCUACAAGAGGUGGCCGAUCAAUUGGAGCUUAGAAGGGUUGGGCCUCAGCAUCAAGCCGGAUCUGACUCUCUCCUCACUGGAAUGGCAUUUUUUAAGAUAAAAGAGAUUUUCUUUGAUGGCAACAUUGAAAGUACCAGCGGACAUUUGUAUGGCUUAGGUGCACCGUUUUCAACUAAUGCAAAUAAUUUCCAAGAGAAUGGGGAAAAUGGAUCCUGACUGAGUGGAACUGAGAAAGCGCUGAACGAACUAUUGGAAAAGCGUGAAUUGUUCAAAAAGUAAAGUGUCAGAUUGGAGAGUUUUGACAGUUCAGAAAUGUCAAUGUACGAAGCUCGCCAUAUUUAAACUGAAACAUGUUUCAUAAGCCUAGAGGGUAUACAUAUAUCUGUGUCUGUUUCAUCAAAUUUAAAAAUAAACCAGAGACAAAUAUUUAAAAUUCAACAGUUAAUGAUUUUAAUAUUAAUAUCGAUAAAAUAAAAUAUCUGUCUAAUAAUUGUCUGCCAUUUUUGUUCGGCAAUUCGAAGGUCAGAAUCGACUUAGCGCGAACAAUAACAAACACCUAUAUUUUCUACUAAAACUUACGAAAAUACUAUGUACUAUACAGCGGGUAGUUCCCGUUGUAACUACCCGCAUAUUUGUAUAAGACCGUUUAUUAAAUAAAUACAGGUCGACUCCACCUUUUUAUAUUAAGUAGAUUAAAAAUAAGUUGGUGCAGCAUAGAGUAAACCCCCUAAAACGCAGUAGAGCCGGCCAUAUAGGAAAUUGCGUUGUAGAAGUAUUCUCGUAAAACAGUUUGAACAAUUCAAAAACUGGGGACACGUGAAUAACUUUAUUUAGGAUUUUAUAACAUAAUUAAAACAGUCGCAAAACUAAUUAUGGACUUGACAAAUGGUUAUAAAUUUCACUCUACAGAAAUAUAACUUAUCUAUCCGCGUUAUAGCGGGAAAAUAACGCGUAAUAUUGGAGACGGAAAUCGCGUUAUAUAGAUUUACUUUAUUUGGAUAACUUUGCACUGUUAUGCCUCCAGUUUGUUAAUAUCAACAACAAAAAAAUGUUGACUGAAGGUAUUUUAACAUAAGAGUCAUUUCUCGAGUUUAAAUCUCGUCUUUUAACGCUAAACUAUGAAUCUGUGGGUUCAUAUAAACCCCACCCAGCACUGCUCAAGUUUCCUAUAUGAUUUAACGAUAUGUUAAGUUUGUUUAUUUUAAGCUGUUGUGAUGUUUCAUAGUCAUAGAUAACGCCAUUACACAUUGUAAUUUAAGAUAUAUAUUGGCUUAUGACCAUAAUGUGAUAAUAUAUGUGUAAAUAAAAUUAAUUACUACG